UCUCUCUCUUAUAAAUUGCCCCUAAACCUCUCCCUCUUCUACAACAUUCUCACGCAGCCCUAAAACUCCUUCGCCUCCCUCUCUCGAAUCUCUCUUCCUCCUUCAUCAUCAAAAUGGAAUUCUGGGGAGUUGAGGUUAGGGCAGGGAAGCCACUUAAAGUGAAACCUGAUGAAGACUGUCUCAUCCACCUUUCACAGGCAUCUCUUGAUAAAGGGAAGAAGGGUGAAACCGCCGUCUUGUACGUGACCGUUGACGGGAAGAAGCUUGUGAUUGGAACACUUGUUCAAGACACCAUCCCCCAGAUCAGCUUUGAUCUGGUCUUUGAGAAGGAGUUUGAGCUCUCACACUCGUCCAAAGGAAGCGUCCACUUCAUCGGCUACAAGUCUCCCAACAUCGACGAAGAGGAGGAUUUCCCUUGUGACUCGGAAGAGGAAGAGGAGGAAGUUGAGGUUCCUGCUACUUCAACUGUCACUACAAACGGAGCAACACCUACUUCGAGUGUUGUUACUGUUGACUCAAAGCCAAAGGCUGCGGCUAAGGCUAAGCCUGCUGUAGUGAAGCCUGAAUCAGACGAGGAUGAUGAUGAGUCUGACGAGGAGGAUGAUUCUGAAGAUGAUGGAUCUGACUCUGAGAAAGGGAUGGAUGUUGAUGAGGAUGAUUCUGAGGAUGAGGAAGAUGAUUCUGAGGAGGAGGAAGAGGAUACCCCUAAGAAGCCUGAGACAAGCAACAAGAAGAGGCCGAUUGAAUCUGCAACACCUGUCCCUGCUAAGAAGGCUAAACCCGCAGUAGCAGCUACCCCUCAGAAAUCAGAGGAGAAGAAGAAGGGAGGGCACACAGCUACACCACACCCAGCUAAAAAGGGAGGAAAGAGUCCUAUGAAUGCUAACCAGAGCCCCAAAUCUGGAGGUCAAUCAUCCGGAUCUGGUGGUAACAAGAAGCCAUUCAACAACUCCGGCAAGCAAUUUGGUUCUAACAACAAGGGCAACAAGGGGAAGGGAAAGGGCAGCAGAGCCUAAGUGAAGUGAGAUGUUUUGGUUUUUUAUUAGAUGCUCUGUGAGCUGAGAUGAAAGAGAUCGGUUUUACUUUUAUGUUUAUCCUAAGAUUUUAUUUUCCUUGUGGGAAUUGCUUUUUUAUGUUAUUGCAACU